CCCAGAAAAAGUCCAGUCGCAGGAACAACAGAGUAGAGUCUCCGGAUCCUAGAAUAAUGCUCAACAGCGCAUCCGCCUCGACAACCUCGACCAGACCUAAGAGUGGGAGCAAGAAGAGCAAGCGCACUAGCAGCAAUCCGAAACGACGGAAUAGUAGGAAUUAUAGCUUGAGGAUGGGUGGGAAUUACGAUGACCACGAAGGAGGUGAAGAUUGUGAUUACGAAAGUGCUCCUGCGGCGGCAAGGUAAGUAAGUAAGUACCUCUAUUGAUUCUGUUGGGGAUAUAUUAUCCUCAGGAGAUAAUUAUCUGUCUGCUUCUACAGAUAAUUCAUCCAUUCUUUAGACUGUUUUCAUCUAAAGGACUAAAGCUGCUGCACUAGGACAGCGCAUUCAAAUUUCUCUGCAUUGAUGAUUUUUGCUUUUUCGUUCGACAGGAACUACGAGACCGACUCGACGCGGAUGCCUGUGUCUGAAGCGACGACCGAAGCCGACCAGAAAUACCUGAACUCCCACAAUUCCUAUUGGAGCUCUUCUGUCGUGUCUACAGAAGGUAGCAAGCGUGGCCUGGACGCACUGGAAAAACGAAUAAAGGGCUUGAAUCAACAGUCUGGAGGAGGAGAUCUUACGCAGCAGUUCUUGUUGAACCAGUUUAAUGCGCAGGUUGAAAACGUAGUGGCAGCUUCAAAUAGUUCACCGUCUGGGAGAAGAGGAAGAAGUCCGCCAAAACAGUCGUAUGGGCAAGGAGGCGGAAAGAAGAUGGAGUUGUUGUACUAUUGUAGUAGAGUUUACAGAUAUGUUGUUAACAUCUUCUGUACUAUUGUAGUAGAGUUUACAGAUAUUAAUUUAUUUUUGAUGUGGUCUUUGUCACCAGAAGUUAUAGGCCUUCCUCUCAAUACUCGUCUACGAGUGCCUAUCCUACAACUUAACAAUUGCUGUGAUUUGUUGAUGAUGUCACCAGUUUUCACCAUACUAGGUAAUUGUUAACCUAAGUUUGCCUGUAUUUCCCGGCUCUUAUCUCUCGCUUACCACCAGGAGUUAUUGAUGCCCCUUUGUUCUCUAGACAUCACGUAGAGAAGUUGUUCUAACGGUUUUUUCGUAGUCAUGUUCGUCGAUCCUGCUCCUUCAGUUACCUUUUUACACCUCUGUCCUACCCAUCUCCAUACAACAAGGUCCGCCGACCCGAGCGUCCAGCAUUACCACAUGGGACAAGGUGCCGCAGCCACCAGUCCACCACCAAUGCCACUACCAACGCAUGGCUCACCCAUGAACCGUUUACGAACACUACAAGCAAGCGGCGCUAGCUGGCAGAGUUAUUACAGAAACUACGGUGGCACUGCUGGCCAGCAAGCGGAUUCUCAAGGCGGAGAAGACGAGGACGGAAGCCCUGGGAAAUUUAAUGUCCCAACCCAUCAGUUCAACACCUACAACAAUAGCACAAAUACCAAAUUUAAGGCUUCCCCUAGUCCAUCCCUGUUUAGGGAUCCCUCAAAGACAGUAUGCGCCCCAAUGUUUAGUCCAUCCCUGUUUAUGGUUCCCCAAUACAAGGGACCCAUACUGACGCAUAUGCUUGGGGGAUUUCCACAGCAGGGAUGAAGAGGGGAGAGCUCUAACAAAUUGACCACUGCUGCUAGCUAUCCUGCAGCUGGGACAACUAGUAGUACGUUUCAACCAGGUGGUGGUCCUGGAGCGUCAUUGAACCGAACUAGGUCAACAGGAGGUCAUCAUGCGAAGAGUCAACAACUGUUAGCUACAGGAUCAGAAGAUGGGGCUGGGCCAAUCAUGAUGGCGGAGGAUGAAAUCACCAGAUUGAUGCACCAAGUUCAGCAGUUAUGGUUAGCAGCCUCUGGUCGAUAGAAUAAAGUAGGUAAGGGAAGUCGGCAAAAUAGAUCCGUAACUUCGGGGAAAGGAUUGGCUCUGAGGGUUGGGCGUGGGGGUCUUUUGACAACUUGUAGACGACCAUAAUUAUGCUAUAAGAGCUUACCACGUGAUUAAUAACAUGCUUCUAGAGGAUUAAUUUGUACUUCUACUUAGUAGAGUUUUUAGACCAUAAUUAUGCUUUUUAGACCAUAAUGCAGCUACUGCUAGUGGUAGUGCAGCUACGAGUGCUUGCUAAACCACAUUUCCACCUUGUCAUAGUCAUUCAGGAUAUUACUGUUAAUAUUUUCAUUAUUUGAAUCAUCUCAAGUUUUCAUCAAGUUCAUAGCCCUUACGCUUAGACCCACCACACCAAGCAAAGAUCUCCUACUCUUCUAAUCUGAAGGGACUCCGCUUCCUCUGCUGUCCCGGCUUCAAACUUGGCCAAGAAAGCGUAUCCUACGAACAAGUUUUUGAAAGAGAGCGACCUGAAAGCCUCCGAACUAAUAGGGCCGCCAGUCGAUGUCACAUGGUCCCCUGGUGCUGGCAAUCGAUCUCGAGCGAUGUCGAUGCCACGACCGCGAUCUGGAAAGACGUCUGAGGUUAAAAAAAGUGCAAUCUACAUGGGGUUGGAUAUCGAGUUGUAGUGGUUGGUACUAUGAUUUAACAAUACAUAGAUUGAAAUUGAAUAGACUAGGCAGUCGUGAUAUGCUGGCAGCUAUAAAGUAGCCGCCUUAAAUGCGCUAGAAAACCAGAGGAUGUAAAUGUAAAAAUAGUAAAAGUUGUCUAGAAUCGAAAAGCUAAAGAGACCCGAAUCAAUAGAAUCAGUAAAAGCGUUCUUGUAAGUUCUUAUCAACACCUUAUUCAAAUCCAUCGAGGUUCACAAAGUAGAUCUUUCUUUUUCAAAUGAAUGCGUUUGCGUUAAGCUACAAUUGAAUAGAAGUUAAGCCUUUCAUGAUAAAACAAAAGUUUUUGAUGUGCAUGAGAUGUCAAAAGUGCUACAACUAGAUGUUGUUGAAAAUCAAUGCCAUAGUAGAUUGAUGCUUAGUAGAAGUGCACACCCCUGUUGUUCAUAACUCUGAUAUUUCGUGUAUCCCAUUGAUGAUUAGUUGUGCUAGAUGAUAGUAUAGCUGAACAGAAACACCUCACUCUUCGGUAAAUAACCGUAGUUAUACCUCCUUAAUAUUAGUGUCAGACGACUGGCAGUCGGUGUCGUAUGUUUUUUGGAUAAAGUUGCAGUCUGUACCUUGUUCUUGUAGCUAUGAGAAUACAGUAAACCUAAACGUAAACGUUCUUGUUGAAUUUUCGUGCUUCUUAAGACGGGGUUGUUCUCAUUUACAAAUUCCCGACCUGAAAAAUUUCCCGAGGGGGGAGGGUUUUAGGUCAAGGAAUGGAACUACCUAUUGUGCUACUCUUCGUGAGCGGCUCCUAUAGUUAGGCCUCGGAAACAAACACCCUGUUGGCCCUAGCCCAAUGUAGUGCUCUAUUCCACGCAACCCAGUACUUGAAAUUUGAACUCCACGUAUCAUAUCCCAUGAUAGGUUUGAGCUACUUGUCGAGCUAAUAUUUCAUUUUUGUUCUUUGCACCCACCUCGUAAUCGUAAUAGUUUUCAUCGUAGUUCUUCUCUUCCCUGCAGAGCACCCUCGACAAAACUGGGUUGAAAAGAAUCAAAAGUACCACUAAGUAAUGAACCCUGCACGCCGACGUAAUAUAGAUUGAAAUGCAUGUAAGUAGAUGAAUAAGGUUUUUCUGGUUUUUGUUUCCCGGCUACGGCUGCAGUGGAUGAACAUCGAACAAUCGCAAUAUUAUCAGUUAACUCGUCGUGAACUCCGCACUCCGAAGUGCUAUUAAUUAUAAAUCCGUCUUCUAUCUUCAACAUAAUCAUUUUCAUUGCUAAUAUUGUCAAUUGAGCCUAUGUCAAGGGCUAUCGGUCUUAACUAUCUAGUGAAAGUUACAAAUGUACGGAAAAUGAGGCUACCAGUCCCACCGUCUAUCUCUGCUAACAGCAGAAGUUGACUUCCACUUUGGUCAAAAUACUACACCUUUCAAAUGAACUAGAAAAACUUGAGUAGCAAGUUAACGACCUUUCUUAAGCUUUUGAUGGCAAUCUGUUCCUCGUUGUCGUAGCAUCCUCCUAGUACUAUUGUGUUAAGUUGUAUGAACUUGGUUUUGACAAGAUGGCUUUUUAUUCGUUCCCAAGGGAGGUUGUGGUUGAGAUCAAGAAAAAGAUGUGCAGUCUGUCUUCAAAUCAAUCCGCUGUCGCGUGAGCAAUUCCUUUGGUCGUUGCGCGGUGAAGUCGCCGUAGCUUGUUGCAGCCAUAUUGACCGGAUGAAAGACAUAGGAUUGAGUACUUAGAAAGGAAGCCUUCAUUCUCGGUUUCAGAAAGAACGUUGUUCGGUAUAAUGCAUCCUCCAUUCUCGAUUCAUCGGUGGCUCAAUGCAGUUCCAGGAUUCACGCAACAAUGGAAGCGCUGUAAAUCGUAUCCCCAUGAUCCUCCCAUUUUUUGGAUAAACUUUACAUUAUUUACGUUGCACAGGGCUCCGGCCUGCCUUUAAAGGUGAGACCUAUGGGGCUGACAGGACGACGAUAGCGCCGGCGCUUAGUU